CUCUCUCUCUUGCCUGUCUGCCUGACUCAGAAGUGAGGACUUACUGGGCAGUCGCUUCAGCUGUACUGGGGGCUUCCAAGAUACCUCACCUUAUUAUCUGCCCUGUGGUUUCUGGGAAGUGCACUGUAAAGAUGUCCUGGAGACAAGUCAUCCUCCUGUCAUCUCUCUCGGCCCUGGUGCUCCUGUGUAUGCUACAAGAGGGGACCAGCGCUUCUGUGGGCAGCAGACAGGCGGCUGGAGAGGAGGUGCAGGAAGGUAUGAAACAGAAGAUUUUCAUGCAAGAAUCCGAUGCCUCGAAUUUCCUCAAGAGGCGUGGCAAGCGGUCUCCCAAGUCCCGAGAUGAAGUCACUGCGGAAAACAGACAGAAGCUUCGGGACGAUGAGCUUCGGAGGGAGUAUUAUGAGGAGCAAAGGAAUGAGUUCGAGAACUUCGUGGAGGAACAGAGAGAUGAGCAGGAAGAAAGGACCAGGGAGGCGGUGGAGCAAUGGCGGCAGUGGCACUAUGAUGGCCUGUAUCCUUCCUACCUCUACAACCGCCAAAACAUAUGACCUCACCCUCAAGCAACUGGGGAAGAGAAGCAUAGACACGCCUCCCGCCUCUCUGCAGACAGACCCAUAAGGUGAAGCUCCCUCGAGGCCCUCGCCACCAGUUGCAGGAAACACACCUUUGUUCUGACGCCUUUUGAGGCCUGGUUUUCCCUUCUUUCCGGAUGUUUGCUUUGUCUUGUUUUUGAGUGAGCGACCGCCUGUGGUUCUUCCCAGCGUCAGAUCUACACCUUGCCCGCUUGCUUAGCCACCAGAAACAGAGUUAGAAUGCCUGUCUGAUGGGACACUUGGAGGAUCGAAGCAUAAAGAUUUUAAGCUUGCUUGUGGCCUAUUAAUAAAAGUGCUGACUCGA